CAUGGAUAUGUGCUUGUGAGGUGACCAUACACCGUGAAACAAAAUGAGUUUGGUUAAGUUAAGUCUUGUUCUUUUAGGGCUUUCCUCUGUGGGGCUCUGUGAAGUUUUGCAGAACUUCAAUGAUGUCCCAUCUUGCCAAGCCUUUUUUUACCAGGGGCAGGAACCACUAGGUCUUGCAUCCUCCAACACAGCUCGUAUCUGUCAGCGCCUGCAAGGGAAGUAUUACUAUGCCACCUUGUACCAUCAAGUAGCACGUGUGCCAAUCUAUAGUGCUUACAUCCUGGAGAUAUCAACUACUUCUCGACCAGAUAUUUCUUCAAGCAACUGGUAUCUGGAACCUAUGCUUGCUGGCUUACCAACAAAGGACAUGUUGCAGCCAUCUCACAGUGAGAUGCAGAGCACUCUGAACUUGGUAACAGAGAGUCAGGCCGUGAAUGACGAUUAUAGAAACUCAGGCCUGAGCCGUGGACAUGUAAACCCAAGUCUGCACCACAGCAGUGAGUCUCAGAUCUCCACAUUUACUUACACCAACAUGGCACCACAAGAUGCCACAUUCAACAGCGGAUCCUGGAACCAGUACGAGCUCUUCCUAAGAGAUCAGAUCUUGCCAACCUGCAGUAAAACCUAUGUCCUAAGUGGUGUCAUCCUGUCUGGCUUCACACCAGGACAGGGGAGAUGGCUUCGGGACCGAGUCAAUGUGCCCACCUAUUUCUGGAGUGCCUUCUGCUGUGAACUUGGCAAUGGGGGACGCAGAGUUGAAACCCGCCUAGGUCGUAAUUCUUCUCCCUAUGAUACUGUAAAGAAGAGUGUAUCUGAACUGGAGGGAAUCUUAAGCCAAGAGUAUGGAGCACCAGUGUCCUUGUUCCAAGGUGGCUGUCAGUAGCUGUCACUAAAUAAAAAACUGAUCUAAUUAA